GGUUUCUUCAAGCAUUUGCCCAGUCAGACAUUUAAAAAUGGCAUCCAAACAAGAAAUAAUGAGUGACCAGCGGUUUAGGCGGGUUGCAAAGGACCCGAGAUUUUGGGAAAUGCCAGAAAAGGAUCGAAAAAUCAAAAUUGACAAGAGAUUUCGAGCAAUGUUUCAUGACAAAAAGUUCAAAUUGAAUUAUGCUGUGGAUAAAAGAGGACGCCCCAUCAACCAUAGCACUACAGAGGACUUGAAGCGUUUUUACGACCUUUCAGAUUCUGAUUCGGAUCUCUCUGAUGAAGAUAAUAAAGCAUUGAACCAAAAGAAAAUGAAGAAGAAAAGACCCCAGACUAAAAACGAAGAAGAAUCAAAAAAUCUUGUUGAGGAGAAAAAGAAAGAAAUCAAGAAAAUUAACCAAAAGGAUUCUGGAAAUAAGAAUGAUUUAGAUAACUCCAAGAGAAUUCAGAAAAUGAAAACCUCGUGCAAAUCUAAGAAGAUAGAGUCAAUAAGUCCCAAGAGCGAUAGCAAAGAAUUUAUACAAAAAAGUACAAAAGGGAAAAAAACCAUUGUUCAACAUAAUACAGACUUGUUUCCCAAAGGAAAAUUAAGAACAGUAGACUCAGGCACCUCUGAAAUUGCACAGUCUCCCAAAGUCAAGUAUUCUGAGACAGGAAGAGAAAUGCAGUCAGUGGUUCCAUUCAUAAUGGCAAGAGACGGUGAUGGUCAUGAAAACUCAGCAAGUGGUAAAAUGUUUGACAAAGAAGCUCUGGAGGAAGAUUCAGAAAGUGCUAGUGAAAUAGGAGGUGAUGAAGAAUCUGAAGAUGAAUUUACAGGCAUUUGUAGAGCUCUUGCUGCUGAUCUUCAUGAUGAUGAUGAUGAUGAUGAUGAUGAUGAUGGAGGGAAUGAAAAUGAUGAGGAGGAAGAUGAAGAUGAGGAUAGUGAGGAUGAUGAUGAAAGUGACAGUGGCCCCGAUCUUGCGAGAGGCAAAGGAAAUAUAGAAACUAGUUCUGAAGAUGAAGAAGAUAUGGCGUAUUUACUUCCAGAGGAAUCCGGUUUUGAGCAUGCUUGGAGAGAAUUAGAUAAAGAUGCUCCUCGGGCUGAUGAGAUUACGCAUCGAUUAGCAGUUUGCAACAUGGACUGGGAUAGAUUGAAGGCAAAAGAUUUGCUGGCUUUGUUCAAUUCAUUUAAACCUAAAGGAGGUGUUAUAUUUUCUGUAAAGAUAUAUGCUUCAGAAUUUGGAAAGGAGAGGAUGAAGGAAGAGCAAGUUCAAGGACCAGUAGAGUUAUUAAGCAUUCCUGAAGAUGCCCCUGAAAAGGACUGGACCUGUAGAGAAAAACUGAGAGAUUAUCAAUUCAAACGACUGAAGUACUAUUAUGCAGUAGUAGACUGUGAUUCUCUUGAAACAGCCGCUAAAAUUUAUGAGGAUUGUGAUGGCCUGGAAUUCGAAAGUAGUUGCUCGUUCAUAGAUCUCAGGUUUAUACCAGAUGAUAUUACUUUUGAUGAUGAGCCCAAGGAUGUAGCCUCAGAAGUAGAUUUAACAGCAUAUAAGCCAAGAUAUUUCACAUCUGCUGCAAUGGGAACAUCAACGGUGGAGAUCACUUGGGAUGAGACAGAUCAUGAAAGAAUUACAACACUCAACAGGAAAUUUAAAAAGGAAGAGCUUUUGGACAUGGAUUUUCAAGCCUACUUAGCUUCCUCUAGUGAAGAUGAAGAAGAGAUAGAAGAGGAGCUACAAGGUGAUGAUGGAGUCAGUGUAGAAGAAGGUGGGAAAACAAAAAGAAGCCAGAAGGAUGAUGAGGAACAAAUUGCUAAAUAUAGGCAGCUCUUGCAAGUUAUUCAAGAAAAAGAAAAGAAAAGCAAAGAAAAUGAUAUGGAAAUGGAAAUUAAGUGGGUUCCAGGCCUUAAAGAAAGUGCAGAAGAGAUGGUCAAAAACAGAUUGGAAGGGAAGGAUAAACUGACCCCAUGGGAACAAUUUUUAGAGAAGAAGAAAGAGAAAAAAAGACUGAAAAAGAAACAAAAGGCUCUUGCUGAAGAGGCCAGUGAAGAUGAGGUUCCCUCUGAUGUUGAUAUGAAUGACCCAUACUUUGCCGAAGAAGCUAAAAAAAUAGGUAUAAAAGAAAAGAAAUCAACAAAAUCUGCAAAAGAUGGCACAUCUCCAGAGGAACAAGCUGAACUAGAAAGACAAAAGGCUGAAAUGGCUUUGCUCGUGAUGGAUGAGGAGGAAGAGAGCAAGAAACACUUCAAUUAUAACAAGAUUGUGGAGCACCAGAAUCUGAGCAAAAGGAAGAAAAAACAGCUUAUGAAGAAGAAGGAAUUAUUGGAGGAUGACUUUGAGGUCAAUGUUAAGGAUGCACGGUUUCAGGCAAUGUAUACUUCCCACUUGUUCAAUUUGGAUCCUUCAGAUCCUAAUUUCAAGAAAACAAAAGCUAUGGAAAAAAUCCUUGAGGAGAAAGCCCGUCAGAGAGAACAAAAAGAACAAGAACUUACUCAGGCAAUAAAGAAAAAAGAGAGUGAAAUUCAGAAGGAAUCACACAAGAGAUCCAUUGAUCCUGCCUUGUCAAUGUUGAUUAAAUCUGUAAAAAACAAAACAGAGCAGUUUCAAGCAAGAAAAAAGCAAAAAGUCAAAUAGGUGUAUGUUGUUUCUUUUUGGAUUGAGAAUGUAUAAAGUAUACAGAAGUGAUGGAAGGAAUACUUAUUGGGGACAGUGCUAUACCUUUCAAGAAUAUGAAUAAAAACUGACCGUUGUAAAAUUUAUUUUCCGUAUAUAACAGUUAGACCUAAUUGUGUACGAUUGAUAGAUUUGUACUGUGUAUUUCCACAGAUUAAUCAUAAUCCAGAUUAUAGGAUGUAUAAAAUUUUUAUAUUUAUUACUCUGCUAGCUUUUUGUAAAGACUGUUUACAGUUCUAUGUAAAAAAUAGAGGAGUGCCCAAGUCUUAAGUCUGAAUAAGAGUUAGGAACAACUUGAAAAUAUGUAUAGGCAAUACAUUAAUUUAUCUGGAAGCAGGAGGCAGAUUUAGAUGCUUGUUUAAAUAAUUUAUAUUUCUAGCCAUAAUGAAUAGAAGCUAAUAACUUUCUUUGUUGUUUGGUCAUGUUUAUUAAUUUGUAAAUAAAAAUUUUUAUUAUUUUGU